GAGAGGGAGAGAUGUGCACAUGGACGUCGGAGCGUGCGGAGUGAGCAGUUACCCGGAGUCUUUCAUAGUGGAGCAAUAAUUUCCCCGAGCUGUACAUUAGCGGCCGGAGCCUUCAGGGACAAAAUAAUGCAGUAACAAAUUUAUUCCUUCGAAAUUCUCAGCCUUCAGUCGGUGACCUAGAAAGAGUCGGGCUCUUGACUGCCGCCCCUCACUGGUUGAGCACCGAACAUCCAUUGCGUAAGUUUCACAGCGUCGUGAAAAAUGCCUGGAGACGGUCACGGCAGUAUGAGAUCGGGCAUGUGGUUCCUGGUCAGUGUUCCAAAGGAAGACACCGAAAAUGCGGCGCGCUCUCAUGCUGACAGCCGGGCGACAUCAGAAGAUGAUGACCGAGAAAACUUUUGCGAUAGCAAGGAGCACCUCACCUUGAAGCAGGCGCUCGAAGACUGCCUAGAGUCGUACGGAAUUCGAAAUGCCAUUUGGAACGCAACCGCCCAGGACACGUACUACCAGGUGUCCUUUCCUUAUGAAAGCGGCAAGCCAACAGAUUGCAUCCUUAGCGACCUGACAUCUCGUGGAAUUGGUUCGAAAUAUGACUCAACUAUUGGUGUGUUUCCAUGUCCGAUAUUCUAUAGAGCUAUAGAACCAGAAAGUGAUGACGAGGAACAAAUUACAGUAGCUGAUGCUAACUACGAAUCAGGCGAUGAAGCAAAAAAGGACAAAGAGAAGGAGAGUGGAUUCCGAUCAAUGCAGAGAAAGUUUCUGAAGUCAGUGAAGGCACGACUUACGGUGGCUCAGGUUGUCGCAGGUGUCAAGGCUCAGGGAGAGCUCACGUUUGAUUUUGUUGCAUUCAUAAUUCUUGCUGGCAUGAUUGCUGCUCUCGGCCUGAUGGAUAACAACGUAGUCUCAAUAAUUGCUGCUAUGCUGGUAUCACCCCUUAUGGGUCCCAUAAUGGCAAUCACAUUUGGCAUCAUAGUUCGUGACACGGCUCUCACCAAACUUGGCUUGAAGACGGAGCUUAUCGGUCUCUUCAUCUGCCUGUUCUUUGGCUUCUUCUUUGGCCUUCUGAAUGCCUUCUGGGGUGACAUACCACCUUAUGAAGGCACCAGCUGGAGUCCGUCACGCUGGCCAAACCCUGAGAUGAGCUCUAGGGGUCAUUGGAGAAGCCUCUGGGUGGGAUCCCUAGUGGCCCUGCCUUCAGGGGGUGGCGUUGCCAUGGCAAUUCUGGGUGGAAACUCUGCAUGCCUGGUGGGCGUAGCCAUCUCUGCCUCUCUCCUGCCGCCAAUCAUCAACAGCGGAAUCCUGUGGUCACUGUCUUUGGUGAAGGUGUUCAAGUCACUGACACAAGAUCCAAUCGAGGUCAACGUCACGGGAACUACCCUGACGGUGCCCCCUGCCUUCAUAGCCCCAGUGGGCUACAGCCCUUACUACUUUGACAGGUACAGCAUGCACAAGGAGUGCGCGCUGCUCGGAGUCAUCUCCUUCUGCCUCACAAUGGUCAACAUUCUCUGCAUCAUCCUCGCAGGCACCCUUGUCCUCAAGAUCAAGGAGAUUGCCCCUGCUAAAAGCUUGCAGGGCACAAGACGGUUCUGGAAGCAUGAUAUUAAGGUUGCUAGAGACUACAACAAGACCUUGGGUGGUGCGGCAGCGAGCAACAUGGGCAAGAAACUGCUUGAAGAGUGGAAGAAACUGGAUCCAAAGAAUGGAGACCCCACCGCAGCAAGCAGAAAUCUACAAGACCUGCAGAGCAUGAUAGAGGAGGCAGAGGACGAUGACGUGUACCAGACAGUUGUGCAGCAAAUGGCCAAUCAUCCUCCGCCUAUGAAUAUGGUGCGCUACCUGUCGAGGGCACUGUCCACACCCGAGCAAAAGGAGCACCCCAGUGGAGGACGCAUGAGCGUCUGGGAACUGGAGAGCCUGCUCGGUGGGGAGCCUUCAUCUUCACAAACAAAGCCCAGGGUCACCUUCAAGCUGAAACGUAGCAAGUCCGAGACCACGGAAGCAGAUUCCUCACCGAGCCGUGGUAAACAGCCAGGCCGCAAGAGGGCAGGUUUCUUUCCAUUUCGUCGUGUGUCUCGCUUCCAAGUGUCAAAGGUGGACGAAGGCACUGAGCGGCCAGUACCCCUGCUGAGCAGAAUGAGGAAGCUUUACCACAGUGCCGAAUCAGAAUCACCUUCGUGAUCACCGUCAUGCGAGCACAUGUGAGCUGCAAUCACUAAGUGAGCCUUACGGAUGUUGUCUCAGCACAUCGAAUUGUCAGCUGGGUGUUGUCUGCUGUUCUGGUCACCAAAGUCUUAGAGCCAUGUGUUGUGAAGCUAUGUCACCCUGCCAUUCAUCUCUUUAGAAUGUUCUUAGAAUAUUGUUUGCUUUUACAUCAGGCUGAUCUCGCACAGACAGUGGUGUUUUCACUGGCCUAGCCAUGGGGGGGUUUCAACCCCCCGUUCCCCCAAAAUCCUUCAAUGUUGCAUGUGUGCAUAUACAUGAACACAUACAAACACACACACGAACGUGCGUGAGAGGUGCUUGAACUGCCUCCCCCCUCGAAAAAAAUUUCUGGCUAUGCUACUGGUUAGCAUGAUGCAGAAAGCUGGGAUAUUUGGUACUUAUGCAGUUGUCACAAGAUGCGCUCUUGUCUGCGAUCCAGCUUGAUCGGGAUCGAAUUUCUCAGGCACAACUGUCUCAUUUCCACAAGGUGCAGAGAGCCCCCUAUAAUGUUAAGAAAUUAGGACUGGAUUGGGCUUGGUCGAGGUCAAAUAUGGUCAUGUGACACCACCCAGGGCACUUCUACUGUUUCAAGAAGAUAAAAACACCGUACAACAGAGAAAAAAUACAGUGAAGGAUGAUGCUGAUUUUCGAUUAGUUUUACUACGUCAAUAACUACACCCUAGAAAGCCACAGAUUUAAAAAGAUUUUUAAAAAUGUAAUAAUUUUCUGAUUUAAGCGUACCUUAAGAGUACACAGUCUUUAUUGUACCUUAAAGGAGUAAAUUUUUAUUGCAGCUCAGAUUUGGCUAAGUCCUCAGCAAGCCUAUUCACAUGCACAAAGCCAUGAUCAUGCUUGAUAACCUCUUAUUCGUUAACAAUGUUUCUGACUGGUAGUAAUAUCUCGAUAGAAGCCGUACUACCAGUGGAUAUAUCAACAUCAGUCCUGAACAUUUCAGCAUUGGUGUAACCACUGGUGCAUCAUCACCCCAGCAUACAGAAUAACAGAUGCUUUAUGCGUACGAUGUACAGUUGUUGAAGGUUGCACAGAUGUCCGUAACUGUCUCAUUGCAUUUCUUUCCUUUUUUUAUGAGCUUGUGCACAGAAAAAAUAUGGCCAAGUACUUGCUGCACAACUAUUAUAUUCUGUAAAGCGCACGUGACAGAUUCUUGCACCAUUGUAGUCAGUUGUGGGGCUUAUGUGGAAAGGAAGGCAAGUUCCUCUUGGUGCUUGAACUAUUCGUGCCAUCGGAUGACACUAGCAGUGAAAGCUUUAAUAUCAUCGUAGUGCUACUCGUAAUGUUUCCCAUCAUACCUGUGAUGCUGGCUACCACCAUCAUCUAUUUAACAUGCAAGGAAGCACAAUGUCGGGAGAUGCUAGGGCUAUGUAUACUUUGUUACAACAUAAGAAAAAAAAUUUCAGCUCCACCCACAGCCAUUGCUGUUCCUCCCAGAGAUAAUUUGCAUAAAUGCUCUGUCCAAUAGUGCUUACUCAUUUUCGUGACGUCAAGCACUUCUCGGGCGUUUCAGAUAGCUGACUUUGCCAUUCAGACCAACGUUUGUGUCACUGGUUUUAGGUCAGAAACUUGAACGUCCUGGCACAUUUCGUCAGGGAUUGUGACAUCACUGCUCGGCCAAACGUAACGUUUUACAGCAGAGCUAUUAUGGUCGAGAUUUGCCGUGUGUUGUAGAUAGAAAAUAAUCAUCAUGAACGGGCACGCGCUCAAUGACUGCCCAAGUGUUCUGUACAAAUAAUUAACAAGAGAAGCAGAAACGUGCCCAGCAGCUCUGCUGUGGCCCAGCCUUGCGCGACUUUGUGCAAGCUGCGCUAAUUUUUUAGGUAGUAACGACGAACCUUUAAUUCUUAAUCUGCAUGUUGCUUAUAUUAGCUGAGAAAAAGUACUUAUGGUUCAAGCGGAAACCAGCUAGCACGACUGUCUGUCACAGGUGAAGAGUGUGAAGGGCAGACGCGCCGUGGUUUUGUAGGCAGAGCUGUAAUUUUUUCUUUGUAAUCUAGUAAACGAAAGAUUAAUAUCAGGAGACACAAGAGAGUUGAGCAUUCAUUCAAAGGCAAGGUGCUGCUCCCCCCCCCCCCUCUUUUUUUCUUUUUUUUAUUGUGCAUUGACCAUGUACUUGCCGCAUUUAUUUACGUGUUGUUCACGCACAGUUUUAACCGGCACGAAGUGUCUGUGAGCACACAAACCUACUGCAUUUAGCAUCUUCUUUAUGAACUGCUUUUUCAUCCCUAUGCACUUGCCGUUUUUAAUUACUAGGUAAAAUUAAAGGGAGUUAGUGGAUACUGUUUCAGUGAUAUAUAAUACCUGCCAUUUCUGUUAAGUUUGUUACUGCCGGCUGUUUCUAUCUGUACAUAUAAUAUAUAUCUUUAGCUAGCUUGUCACAAGUUCAUGAAAAUGACUUGAUGCUGCGAAAAUUGUUACAUGCUUGAUAAACUUCUCUUUUUUAAAAAGUUGCAAUAUUGGAUUACAGUGAAGCAGUGUUCUUAAGUGCUCUAGUUCACCACGGCAUUUGCAUAAGGAUUGCAGAACUACAGUUGUACCGCUGGGAGAAUUGUGCAUGUAUAUUGAGAGGCAUUCACACUGUUUUACGCAUCACGUCAUGUCUUGUUUCAUAGAUACCCAGCUUUGUUUGGCAGUCAUUUUACAUGUAUGAUUGUAUAACUUUUAUUUGCAGACUGUACUACUGUUUUUGUUAAUUCCUGAUUUUGGUUCCUCUAGGACAUUCUGUCUUUAUUCUUGACUUUUACGGAAAUGCCCAGAUCUGUUUUGUAUUCUGUAUGCACGACUGUACAGUUAUAUUUCGCGGAUUGCUGGUUGCUUUUUUUUCUGUUGGUAUCUGUUAAAAUUUUAUCUUAGUAGCACGGCUGUCCUUGUUAUUCGGAAUUUCUUUUAGCACAUUGAGGUAAGGUGUUGCCAUUUCGAAACAUAGCAUAUUGAAUAGGUAUUAUUACUAUAUUUGUUAUUGUUGCUUUUUCUUGUUCACGUUGUUGGAAAGAUGUUUAAAAUUGCCUUGUGGCAUGAUCUUACUGUUAUAAGUGGUUAAAAGAUAGCAAACUAGAGUGUUGUUUUUGUGAGUUGGCAAGCCAUGUGCUCAGUGAUGUUCAUAUUUACUGGCCCUGACGAUGCAAUCAGAAAGCCAGGCUCAUGGGGAGAGCUGCAUACGUUAGGAAGUGUUAGUUUUAGUGUCCCAGCUUUACACAAUGACGCUAACCCGCUUAGCGUCCGGAACCCUUCUUGUGUUCUGUUGUAAACUGAUUUUGGUUCUUUUUACUCCAGGCAGUUAACGUAAGCUAACUUUUUAUGUUAUGCUGAGAUGUUAAAUCUAAAACUUCCUAUUACUGUGAAUACAUUACUGUAUUUUCUUGUCUGUGGUCUGUGGGUUAUAAUUCAUGCACUGGGCAAACUAUAGGUACACACUAUGCAAGAUGUCAGUUUUCACUCUCACAUUGUACACGUGGGCAAUGGUAUUGCUUGCUGUCUCAAUUGCACUGAUGUGAGGCAUUAUUUAAACCUCUGUAAGCUUUUGUGAACCGAUUUGUGCCUGAGCUCAACACAGCAGCAACAUCGACAUGUAAUGGGGCCUUUCAUUCCCACAGACGAAAGCCUCCAUUGUUAGACUUGCACAGUGGAUUAAGACAACAUUGUUCUUAGAGUGUCCAGAGAAAACGCUACAGAUUUUCUUGCAUAUGACCUAUACAGUCGCCGACCGUUUAUUCGGACGCCGAAAAUUCGGACAUGCUCGUUUAUUCGGACACCUUCGCGGCACCGCCACUCGUCCCAUUGAAGUAAUGUAAACUCACGACCGAAAAUUCGGACGCCCCACAGUCCGCCGUUCGAUUUUUCGGACUCCGGCUGGCUGAUCGAGUGCGACGUUGACCGCCAUGACAAGCUGUCAGCAAUGAUGAUGAUGAUGAUGAUGAUGUUGGUGGUCUCGCCCUUUUUAACGGGUCGCCGUAGUUUAGUAUCCAAAACCGGCGUGACCAAAAAAAAACAAAAAAAAACAAAAAAAGAAACACCCACACAAAAAGGGUGCCACUAACAAGCUGCCACUAAACACGUAGCGCUCCGCGCCGCCACCAGUACUCAAGGCGCCUCUUCGUCACCUCCACCACCUUCCGCAGCUCUCCGCCCUCUACACCGAAGCCAAGCGCGAUGGGCAGCGCCGCUGUGGCGGCCGGCGGACGGAUCUCGCAGCACUCGAGGACGA